UCCCUGCCUAUACUUAACCUCCGGAUACCGGAAACUGGGAUUGUCCCACUGGACCUUGAAAUACCGGACAAUACGACAGAUGUUAAAAUGAGGGCUUACUACCGGAAUAUCCACGCCUCAAAGUACGUGACGAAAAGUUACUCAGGGAGCGACACCUACAUUCAAGCAAGGCUUCGCACAUUACAGCUGAAAGCGGGUGACAACGGGGUGUUUGAAGUCAAGGCGACAUCUCCUCCUGGAAACGUAGCAUACCAGAUUAUGUCACGUGGGAUUGUGGUGAAGAGUGGAAUAAUAACUCCAAGCUCUCCCGGAGACACCACCCUCUCCCUCACCAUCCCCGUCCUCAACACGAUGUCUCCGACAUCACACUUCCCUCGUUAAUUACGUCACAGAAAGCGGGGAAUCGUGGCCGACUCCAUCAGCUUCAAUGUGGACGGAGUUUUCGCCAACCAUGUUGGUAUCGAGUACAGCGCGGACACUGCAAAGCCCCACACGGAAGUGUCAGUCGACGUCACAGCGGAUCCAGAAUCAACAGCCUUCCUCUUGGCCGUGGACCAAAGUGUCCUGCUGCUCAAAACCGGAAAUGACAUCUCUACAGAACAGGUGAUGAAGGAACUUAAGAAGUACGAUUAUAGCGCACCAAGCGAUGACUUCUUGAAAUGGCAUUUCCCGGUUCCAUCGUCGGGCACAAAUGCAAAAGAAAUUUUCCAGAGAGCUGGAAUCCUUGUCAUCACUGAUGCGCAACUGCCCAGUGGAGAACGUAUUGCGUAUGGUAGAAGUUAUGAUCAUUAUUCAUUUGGGUCUGGACCUCGGGGUGCACCAGCGCAGUUUGACAGUAGCCCUUCUCUUGCCCGUGCAAGCCCACGUAGAGUCACUGAAUCGGCGCAGGCCUCUCCCCUGAAGAAAGUAGAAAGAGUAAGAGAGAUCUUCCCGGAGACGUGGCUCUGGGUGAAUACCACAAUCGGACAGGACGGCCGGGCAUCGAUCCAGACCACUGUACCGGACACUAUUACAUCGUGGGUGGCCAGUGCUUUCGCCAUCAGCCCCCGCUCAGGACUCGGAGUAUCGCCAACCUCCGCUAAGCUCCGCGUGUUCCGGUCGUUCUUCGUCAGUCUGAACCUGCCGCAAUCCGUGGUGCGUGGGGAACAGGUGGUCGUUCAGGCCAGCGUCUUCAACUACCUGACCACAGUGCAAGAUGUAACCGUUACACUUAAGCCCAACAGCGGUUUCCAAAGUGUCGUUAUUGGUUCUGACGGUGAAGAAACAUUUAACUCUGACCUCCAACGCCAGAGGUAUCUUGUACGCCCUGGUGAAGCCAAGGCUGUGUACUUUCCAAUAACUGCCUCAGUCAUUGGUGAUGUCGACAUUGAGGUCUCCGCUCAGACCGGAACAGCAGCUGACGCCGUGAAGAGGCAACUAAGAGUAAAGGCAGAAGGAAUACGCAAAGAACUGAACACCCCCAUUCUCGUUGACCUGACAACAGAGGGUAGCUUCUCAACGCAGUUGAAUGUUUCCUCUCCAUCUGGACUUGUUUCGGGGUCAGAAAGAGUUCGUCUCACAGUCACUGGUGACCUGCUUGGCCCAAGCCUUGAUGGGAUGGAAAACCUCCUGUCCCUGCCUACUGGAUGUGGGGAACAGAACAUGUUGAAGUUUGCUCCCAAUAUCUACAUCGCCAACUACCUGAUGGCUACCAAGCAGAUGACAAGGGCAUUGGAGGAGAGGACCAAGUCCUUCCUGGAAGUUGGCUACCAGCGUCAGCUGUCCUACCAGAGAAAUGACGGGUCCUUCAGUACUUUUGGGGAGCGCGACGAGGCAGGAAGUGUAUGGCUCACCUCUUUCGUAGUGAAGUCGUUUUAUCAGGCUCGUCGAUACAUCUAUGUGGACAACUCUACCAUAGACAAAGCCUUGAGCUUUCUCGCAAGCAUGCAAAGGAGUGAUGGUUCUUUCGUCGAGCCGGGCAGACUUAUUGACAAACAGCUGCAGGGUACCAAAGGCUCCGGACCCAGUCUUACUGCGUACGUACUCAUUGCCCUGGUUGAGACCUCAGGACACAAUGGUUCACGGGUCAACAGCUCACGUCUCGACGACAUGCAACAGAAAGCUGUAGCGUAUCUGGAGAGGCAACCGUUCAAGCACCUAGCCCCAUACCCACUGGCUGUCAGCACCUACGCCUUGGCCAAAGCCGGGAACAGGUUAUUCGGGAGAGCCUUCUCUCAGCUCAAGAAAACGAUGAAUAACAAGGAUGGUUCAAAGUAUUGGGUUGUGGAUAAUGAUCCCGAUAAGAACAAGGGGGAAAGGAAAGCCACUCCUAUCGACAUAUUGACCACCUCCUACGGCCUGAUGGCCUUCGUCAGCCGCAGUAAGUUGAAAGCUGGAAUGGGCAUCAUGCGAUGGCUGGCAUCUCAGAGGAACCCAAGGGGUGGAUUCAAAUCCUCUCAGGAUACGACGGUGGCCCUCGAAGCUCUGACACUGUUCAUGGUCGACGCCAGACCCGACAACUACAACGUCAGGCUCAAACUCACAGCCGGUAAUGAAGUCAGGACAGUCACCGUCAACAACGAAAACGCCCUCGUACUACAGAGCAUCGAUCUAUCGUUCAUUCCAUCAGUGUUGAAGAUUUCCGCAGAAGGAAGUGGUUUCGCUGUUGUUGAGUUGGGCAUGUUUUACAACGUGGACUCUGUGGGCGAUGACAAUGACGUUUUCGACGUCAGCACGGUGCUCCUCGACGACACCAUCAACGGCUUUACUCUCAUGACGUGUUCCAAACAUCACCAGGAGGGAUCCAGUGGGAUGUGUGUUCAGACGAUCCAGGUUCCUUCCGGGUUCACGGCUGAUCUCACCAGCGCAGGCAACAUUGCGGGACUGAAACGCCUGGAGCAGACAGACGGUCAAGUCAUCGCCUACUUUGACUCGGUUGGGAAGACAUCCACGUGCAUAAAGCUGUCUUGCUCCAGGACGAGCAUGGUGGCUGGGAACAAACCUGUCUACAUUUCCAUGGUGGAUUAUUACAAGCCAAAUGAUAACACUGUGGUCUCCUACCAGCCGCGUAGACUGAAGACGUCGAAUUUCUGCCAGAUAUGUUCCCAGUGUGCCGGCUGUGGCCAAAAGUCCUAGACUACGUGACACAAGACGUGGAUACAUCGCACGUUUCUACACGCAGCUGAUGCCUGUUUCAAAUAUUGCAGUGGUACUGGAUGCUGAACUUCAUGUGCAUGUAUUGUUCCAUUAUGUGAAUAUAUCUCCCCAUAAAUCACCCUGCUGCAGUCGAUGCCGAGACCCAGUGGUACCAAGGUUCCAUCUGGGAGAUGAUCGCUAUGACACUCCGAUGUGGGUAUAUUAUGAAACGAAUUCCUGACUCUUGUACAGUAUUUCACACUGAAAUAUGACAGUGGUGAAAGGCUGUAUACAUAUUUCUUGCUGUCGAUUCUAUUACAAAUUUCAUUCCUAACACACUUGGUGUCCGUUCUUGAUUCUUCAUUCCUUUAGUCAAAUAUAUAACAAAGCCUUCCUCACAAUGGAAAACAGGCACAUAUGACUUGUACGUUCAAUAAAGUCUCAGGAAUGCUGCAUUUCCAUGGAAAAUCAUA